GGUCACGCUUUUAAUCACUUGUCAUUUCACAAUUUGCCGAGCAACCCAUAAAAUUGUUGUCUGCCGCAAAAUAAGAAAACAAAUAUUUCUCACACAAUAGUUAAGUAAAUAAAUAAUAAAAACGACGCUGACAUGGCGCGUCGCACUAAUUUUCUGGAUGGCAAUGACAAUUUCCGUGAACAAAAUCUACGCUUUGUGCGGAACGAGAUGGAAGAUAAUUUCAAUCAAUUCUUUGGCGGUAGCAACAACAAUAAUGGCGGCAACGCCGGCAUCAACAACGCGCCAAAUGUUGCAGCGCCGCCACGCGACUCAAAAGUUGUGCAACCCACACCAGAUAUCGAUAUUGAUCCCCUUAUGCCGGCGAUAACUAAGAUUGAAUUAGAGCAACGUCGUCUGUUUAUGCGCGAGAUCGGCUUCAGCCGCAGUGCUGCUCACUCUGCGGCCGCCGAUUCCCUCCAGGUCCCCGAUUUCAAUAUGCGCGGACUACAGCAGCGUCGGGUGGACAUGUUCCUCGAGCAGGGCAGCAGAAAUUGGGUCGAUGUGGAUGCAAAGAUUGUUCGAGAAAUUCGCUCACUUAUCGAAUCGCAUCAGCAAAGGCCCAAAGAUCGACCGGGCACACAGUCGUCGUCAAGUGACAUUAAUUGGAUUGAAGACAACAUCGCCGGGGCUGUCGGCUCUCUCUCUAAUGCGAGAGAGCGAGACGCUAGUCCCGAGAACUAUGGUUUAGUUCGUCGCACCGAUGAGAAUUUCCAUGCUCUUCAGACGCGCAAUUCAAAGCGCCGAGAGGAACGCGAGAUUGAGCGAAAACAGCUAGCAGAGCGAAACAAAAAAUUUGUUGGGAGACAGCAACAAUUCGAUAACUUGCGUAGACGAAACGAUAGAAACAACAAUAAUAAUAAUAAUCAUCAUCGCGAUUUUCAUGAUUCGAAUAAUCAAUUCGUUCGUCGUCCAAAGCAGAACAUUGAUAUAAAUAAUAAUAACAAUUGCGGAUUUAUGAAUCGUAAUUCAAAUUAUGUUGACUUUAAUCAACGCAAUGGCAACUGGGACAAAGAAAAUUAUUAUCAUGGAAAUUUUAAUCAAAAUUUCGAUACUCAAAACUUUAACGGUUGCCGUAAUGAAUAUUUAAAUUUUUACCAAGACAAUAAUUUUAGAAAUCAAAACUUUAGCGAUCGCCGUAAUGAAUAUUCAAAUUAUUUUCAAUUUAAUCAAUCCUAUGAUAAUUUUGCCCAAGAAAAUAAUUAUCAUGGAAAUUAUAAUCAAAAUUUUGGAAACCAAAACUUUAACGGUCGAUAUCCUUAUAAUUUCGGGAAUAACAAUUUUCAUGGAUAUAAUAAUAACAUAUACGAUUACCGUAAUGAUUGUAAUUCGUAUUGGGCAGAUACACUUCAAGCCAACUUUGAGGAUAAUUUUCAGCAAAAUAACUGGGAGAACUUUAAUGAAAAUCACUACAACUUCGAUUUUAAUGGUAUGUUGAACAAUGGAGGUCAUCUUAACUUUGGCAAUGCUUUCCAAUUCGGAAACUACGGAAAUCAAAUAAACUGGAACAAUCAUCAAAAUAAUGUAAAUCCGCCUAGAGCCAUUAGAAAGGCAGCUAUCAAUAAAAAACAAAAACCGCAACCAACAAAGCAAGCCACAGAUAAAAAAGAAGUGAAGAAAACGACGACUGAUAAAAAAAUAGAACAGAUAAAACAAGUGAUUGAACAAAAAGGAGACGAGAAGAAAAAAAUAGAACAGAAAAAACAAGGGAUUGAACAAAAAGGAGAAGAGAAGAAAAAAAUAGAACGGAAAAAACAAGUGAUUGAACAAAAAGGAGAAGACAAGAAAAAAAUAGAACAGAAAAAACAAGUGAUUGAACAAAAAGGAGAACAGAAGAAAAAACAAGUGAUUGAACAAAAAGGAGAACAGAAGAAAAUAGAACAGAAAAAACAAGUGAUUGAACAAAAAGGAGAACAGAAGAAAGAAAUAGAACAGAAAAAACAAGUGAUUGAACAAAAAGGAGAACAGAAGAAAGAAAUAGAACAGAAAAAACAAUUGAUUGAACAAAAAGGAGAACAGAAGAAACCAUCGAUCAACAACAAUAAAACAGAGAAAAAACAGUCUAAUGUAUUACCAAAGCCAACUACAACAGCUGCCAAGGAAAAUGUUGAAAAGCGGACUGCAACAGAACCUCUUCAAUCAGGAAAGGCGAAGAAGCAAAAAUAUGAUGGAAAGAAACUAGGAUUCAUCGUUGCUGGAGUCAAGUUGCCCUACGUCAAACCGAAUACCCAAAUGCCGCAGCCGGAGGAGAAAUCCUAUGCAGUCACAUUCUUUGAGCAUAAGCCUAUCUAUAACACAUCAAUCUAUGCAGUGGAUAACGAUGGUGAUAUGGAUAAAUAUGAAGACGGCUAUGAUACCGAUAAUGAAUUUGAAAUAGGAGGUCCCACAAUACGUAAACGUAUCAACAACAACUGGAGUAGAAUAUAUGAGGAGCGUAAUUAUAAAUGUUGGCUUACCUGGUGGAAAGCGUUCAAGUGGUGCGAACUGCAAAUCAAUAAGAAGCUUAAAUCAUUUGGAUCUCUUAAUAUUAAGCAUAAGUUCCUACCUUAUUAUAAGAAACAGAUGUCCACGCAGGAUGUAAUAAUCAACUUGAUGAAUCGGGCUCGAUUCUCAUUGGAGACCAAAUCGAAUCAUUUUCGAGACUUCAAAAUUAUUUAUGAACUAAUGAAUGAAACAUUCUUGGAGAACCUUUUGCCAGCAACUGCAGAGCAACUUCAGCAUAUGAUACGUAAAAUUCCAAAUCAUCUGUGGUUGUAUAAGAUGCGCCGCAUGGUCUAUAUAUGGGCCGAGUAUUAUAAGUUAAGCGACAAUCUCACGAAUGAUUUUGCGGGUCUUCAGAUGCGUUGGAAGAGUCCCGCUUUCCACUGGUUGUGUAAGCAGGCCUUCGAUGAGCUGAAGACCCUCAGUACCAUCGAGUGGCCAAAACACAAGGAAAUGUACAACAAACUAAAAUCUGUGAAAUCUUAAGCGGUUUUAAGCUUUUAUAUUUUAAGCAUUUUAUAGUUUUAAGCUCGUUAACUGGAAGGGAAAUUAUCACCCAGUUGAA